GCAAGACUGCUCGCUUUGUAGUUCUUGAUCCGGAAGUAGUUACCAGGAACACCGGAAGAGGUAGCUCGCGCGCGAGAAACGUGUCGGCUGGCCAGAAGUGAAGAAGAGGAAUCUAAUACUGAGGCGGAGGUAUUCUAGAUGCUCUCCACGUCCCUGAUAAUGGAGUAUUUGGCUCAACCUGGAGCACUCAGUUUGGCUGCUGGAGUUGCCUGUGGCAUGUGCCUGGGCUGGGGCCUCCGGGUUCGCUUUGGGAUGGUCCCCAAAAACUCGACAAAUGAAACAAAAACUGAAACUGAAGCAAGCAUCUUGGGAGACAGUGGAGAGUACAAAAUGAUUCUUGUGGUUCGAAAUGACUUAAAGAUGGGGAAAGGAAAAGUCGCUGCCCAGUGUUCUCAUGCUGCUGUUUCUGCCUACAAGCAAAUUCAAAAGAAAAACCCUAACAUGCUCAAGCAGUGGGAAUAUUGUGGCCAGCCCAAAGUGGUGGUCAAAGCUCCUGAUGAAGAAACACUGAUUGAAUUACUGACCCAUGCGAAAAUGCUAGGGCUGACUGUAAGCUUAAUCCAAGAUGCUGGACGUACUCAGAUUGAACCUGGCUCUCAAACUGUCCUAGGAAUUGGACCAGGACCAGCAGAUCUAAUUGACAAAGUUACUGGUCACCUAAAACUUUACUAGGUGGGCUUUUGUAUGAUUAUGAUCCUAUCACAGGUAUUUGAAGCCUGUCAAAUUCUAACAAUAAAAGCUGAAUUUCUUCUCCAUUUAAAUAUGCUUGAGAUGAAAAUAAAAUCCAUUCCUGUGUUGUUACUUAAAUACAUACUGCUGGUUAAAUGGUCUUGGUGGUUCAAGUAACAGGUACUGAAAUAAAUGCUGGAAAGAAAUGGGUCAUGAUAAAGUUAGACUAAAAAGGGUUAACAAAUUUCCCUAUGCAAUUAAGACUUGUGUGUUCUUAGCUUUUCCCUGAAACUGCUGCUGACCCGAGAAGACUGUUCAACUGCAGUUUGCUUCCCUAUUACUUUUUGGAUGGCUGAUACCCUAUUUUAAUAAUUGAUCAUAGUAUAGCCAUACACAGUGAAAUCUCGUUUAGAAUCUGUCUAGAUUUCUGUACUUCAAAAUU